UUAUGGACUGCACAAAGAAACUGAUAUGACAGCAGAUCAUGUGUGUGAAGUCUGUCAUAAGCCUGAAGAGAAUCGUUGGUGCACAGACCCAAAGCUUUUGUCACUCUCCAUGCAACAAAGACAGGAAGUGUGCUUAUACCGUCGGACCUUGGCCUGCAUACAGUUGUGUCGUGUUACUCCUUCCUUCAUAUCUCAAGAAUUGGAUGUUCCAGAAGAUAUCGCCCAGCUUCUCUUUGAACAUCUUGAAAUGGACGGUGUCCUCAGACCUUCUCGUAAUAAAGGAAUGCCUCGUUCCAUAAAUCAGAAGGUGCUGAAGAAUGAAUUGCUGCCUAAAUACUUUGGUUCUACUGCAGAUUUGGGUUCCCACAAAUACAUCUUUAAGUCUGAUGAUCCUAUGGACAAUAGGACAAAGGAUUUAAAGGCAAUGACUCUUUCUCCAAAGGCUUCAGAAUGCAACUGGCAAAAGAGAGUGUGCACUGGCAAGAUGAAACUUGUCGUAGAAGAUGAGAAACCUGCCCGUAAGAGACAGAAGACUUCACAAACUGAUGUAAUUCUUUAGAUUUGUGAACUGUUUGCUAUGAUUUGCUGGUAAAGUAAUGCCAGUAUAUCACAAGAUUACAGCAGUAAUAUUAUUUGACUGUUUCAUGGUUUUAUGUCCAAUCAUCCUGUUCUUCUGUAUUCUUUAACAUAAAAACAAGCUACCAGUCACCAUUUAAAAACAGCAGUCUGAUUUAUUAUAAUUUCAAAUUAAAUGAUUUAUUUAAAGGUUAUCAUAAAAACAAAUUUUAUUUUCAUUUUUUUUAAAUUUAUUUUCAGUAUUUAAUAAACAUGAAAAUAAUUAUUUAAGACUUAAUGUUUACUGUCCCAUUAACAUUAAUUUAAAAAAUUAAAAUAAUAGAUUAUAAGACUGUUCUGACAUUUUCUGAUGCAGAAAUAAUACCACAUAUCAAUAUUUACUGAAAAAGAAUGUUGUUUUUUUAAUUACUGUUCAUUAUUCAAUAACUUAUUAUUAAGCUAUCCUGAAUUUAAGAAAAUCAGAAACAAUAGAUUAUAAGGCUGACUGUUUUUUCUGUUGCUGAAAUUAUCAGUUUAUUAAACAGGAAAUGUAUUAAUAUUGCAAUUAAUUUGACUUCUGUUAUUAGUGUUCAAUGAUGUCAAUACUUUUUCUGGUGUUCAUCUUUCUUAGAACAAGUUACCAAACAGUUACUGUUCAUCACUCUGUUCCAGUUAAAGUACAUGUAUUCAUAUUUAAAGUGUUUUCACCUAAAUAUUUCAUGUUGUAAUAUUCUAGU